AUGGCCACUCUGAUGCGGUACCACGCAUACUAUCUUAUCCCUCUUCGAAGGCAGCAGAAUUCGACCCUCGCGUUAAUGUACGUCUGGACUGUGCCAGCCUUCGCAACCAGGAUCGUCAUAUCUUUGAGUAAUGGCGGUGGCCGCAAGCUCUACGCCUCCAAACCAGCCUCCCGUUGUCUCUCGUAUGAUUUCCUGCAGAGAUUAGAUCAAAAAAAUCUUUCUGUCCCUUCAAGUCUUGUCGAGACCUCUCUUCUUCUCUCCUCGUUUUCGUAA